CUUGAUCGGCACGAGAGUUUGUUGUACGGGGACGGACAAGAUGAUGGCGGUGGCACUGCCCGUGGACGAUGAUGUCCCUUUAAUCUUGACAGAAGACAACACGGGGAUCAACGCCGACCAUGAUAGAGACGAAAUCCCUAACGAAAAUGGAGGAGGAUAUGACAUUAUCAGCACUGAAGUAGUUGCAAUACCAGACAUUCGAGAGUACAGAACGAGCUAUGGUUCUCUGAAACAAGUCUGGGAGAUGAAUUAUCAGGAAGCAGCAAUCUACUUGCAGGAGGGAGAAAAUAAUGACAAGUUCUUCACUCAUCCAAAAGAUCAGAAAGCCCUUGCAGCCUACCUCUUUGUGCACAAUCACAUAUUCUAUGUGAUGGAGCUAAUUUCUGGACUGCUGUUGUUGAUACUCUCGCUAUGCGAGGCACCAGCUGUUCCCUCACUCCGUCUCGACAUUUAUGUGCAUGCCACACUGGAAUUGUUUGCACUUGUCACAGUGGUGUUUGAACUUGGUAUGAAGAUGAGGUGGUUGGGCUUUCAGACCUUUAUUAGGCACAAAAGAACUAUGCUGAAAAGUGCAGUUUUGUUUGUACAGUUUAUAGAAGUCAUUGUGGUAUUAAUCAGGCAAACCUCACAUGUCCGGGUGACUCGAGCUUUGCGCCCAAUCUUCCUGGUAGACUGCAGAUAUUGUGGUGCAGUGAGAAGAAAUUUGCGUCAGAUUUUCCAGUCUCUUCCUCCUUUUAUUGACAUUUUAUCGUUACUACUUUUCUUCAUGGUCAUUUUUGCCAUCUUGGGCUUUUAUUUGUUUUCUGCUAAUCCAUUGGACCCAUAUUUUAGCACUCCAGAAGACAGCCUUGUCAGUUUGUUUGUUCUCCUAACUACAGCCAAUUUUCCAGAUGUGAUGAUGCCAGCUUAUUCCAAAAAUCCUUGGUCCUGUGUAUUCUUCAUUGUGUAUUUAUCCAUCGAACUCUACUUCAUCAUGAAUCUGCUUCUUGCUGUGGUGUUUGAUACAUUUAAUGAUGUUGAAAAGAAGAAGUUCAAAUCACUCCUUUUGCACAAGCGAUUGGCAAUAGAACAUUCCUUUCGCCUUCUGGUCAGCAAAAGGAGGCCUAAUGGCAUUUCCUUCAAACAGUUUGAAGGCUUAAUGAGAUUCUACUCUCCAAGAAUGAGCGCCAGAAAUAAAUAUCUCAUCUUCAAAGCAUUGAAGAAAAACAAUACCGAGUUACUGAGAAUAGAAGAUUUUUACAACUUCUAUGAAGUUGCUGGAUUAAAAUGGAAAGCAAAAAGAAGUGGAGACUAUUGGUUUUAUGACCUUCCACAUACUCCAUUUCUUAUUUUUAAAGGAAUUAAUAUCCUUGUGAAGUCCAAAGCAUUCCAAUAUGCCAUGUAUGUUGUAAUUGCUGUGAAUGGAAUUUGGAUACUGGCUGACACACUCAUGAUCAAAGAUGGUGCCUUUUUUCCCAGGAUUGUGCCCUGGAGUUACAUUGUAUUUCUCACAAUUUACGGGGUAGAAAUGCUACUGAAAAUCACUGGGCUGGGACCAACUGAAUACUUCACAUCUGGCUGGAAUCUGUUUGAUUUCCUGGUCACCAUACUUGCAUUUGUUGGAAUAGUGGUCUUAGCUUUUGAUAUGGAACCAUUCUACUUCAUUGUCAUCUUGAGGCCACUUCAGCUGCUAAGAUUGUUUAAGAUUAAGCGGAGAUACAGAGAUGUUCUGGACACGAUGUUUGAAUUACUUCCGCGAAUGGCCAGUUUAGGGUUGACACUCAUGAUUUUCUACUACUCAUUCGCUAUUGUAGGAAUGGAGUUUUUUGGUGAUGUUGUCUAUCCUAACUGUUGCAAUAACAGCAUGGUAGCAGAUUUUUAUCGCUGGGAAAAUCGGACCAUUGGUGACAGAACUGUAAUACAGGGAUACUACUCUCUCAAUAACUUCAAUAACAUCCUUAACAGUUUUGUAACUUUGUUUGAGUUGACUGUUGUAAACAAUUGGUAUAUAAUCAUGGAAGGCGUGGUAUCUCAGACUACAAACUGGAGUCGCCUUUACUUUAUGACUUUCUACAUUGUAACUAUGGUUGUACUUACUAUUAUCGUUGCAUUUAUUUUGGAUGCAUUUCUGUUCCGCAUGAAUUACAGUAGAAAAAAUAAAGAUGAGGAAGAUGAAAAUGGAAUUGUUUUUGAGACCGAGGUUGACAAGGAGGAAAUUGAUAGACUUCUUGAGUUCAACAAACAGAACGGUUCCCCAUCUUCUGAGAUCUCUGGACUUUUUAAACUGUCAUCCAGAAUGGCAAGCAAUGAUCAGCUUAAAAUGGUUUUUAUUGGCAGAAGAUCAAGAACUAAAAGUGAUCUGAGCAUUAAAAUGUAUGAAGAGGAGAUUCAGGAAUGGUUUGAAGAAUAUGCCCGAGUAAACCAAAUGCAGUUUGACCAACCACUGGAAUGUAUUUUGAACUCAAGUACUCACCAGCCUUCUGCGGAAUUACGACAGCGAUCUCAGACUGUAACUUAGAAAUAUAAUGUACUAAUCCACUAUGCAAUAAUUAUUCAUUGUUACUUUAUAUUUCAUGAUUUGCACACAUGCACUUGGGAAUGUUUUGCCAGUUGUAAGAGCUACUGUGUUGGCAGAAUCUUGGCAAGGGCUAGAAUAGUGAGGGAUAGUGGCCAUAUUAUUGAGAAAUUUUAUCUGAUCAUUUUUAUCUGUGGUAAGUUAUAUGUAACAUAGGGCUGAAUUUUAUGCUGACCGGGCAGGCACGUGCCUGACCCAAUCCGAUCAGGCGGGAAAUUGUGCGAGAUGAUGUCGGGCAAGCGCCCCAACGUCAUCCUGCGCUCAUGAUAUUUUGGUCGGCAAGUACACUUCUGACUUUUGCACGCACACGGCGACAAUUAAGAGGGCAAAAAAAGCCCAUUA